GCAAACAGAGUUCUUCCGGUCACUGUGUUUGGUUUGAAUCGAAGAAGAAUGCCAGUAAGGAGGAUAUUAGAGGCACUUUAGUCAACAAGAUGAAGAUCAAACAACGUUCAAAAACUACACCACUGCACCAAAAAACCAUGGGGACUAAACGCCAUGGAAACCUGGGUAUAACACAAACAGAACAUGACCCACAGUCAGGUGAUGACUCCACCGGCAGAGAUGAAUCAGAUUGUACCCAAGCACUUUCAAAGAGCACCAGUUCAAAUCAUUCAGAUUCUAGUACACUCCACAAGGAUCCUGUGGUAGUGCUAACCAGGUUGGCUGAGGUGGUGGUUAAGACACUUCUGAGAGACAUUAAAGUGUGUUUGGUGAAGGAGAUGAAGGACGUCAGGAAGGAUGAAGACAACCAUGGAGGUUCUCCUCAAUUCUUUCCUUGUCCACACUGCACCAUCUCCUUUACUGACCGUUACUUCCUGGAGAACCACAUCAAGACCAAACACCAGAAGCAGUACCUGGUCAUGUUGAGAAGCCAAGUCUCAAAGAGUAAAAGAGUGUACGGCCCCACACACAGCUGUGCCCACUGUAGCUGCAUGUUCCAUACACCACGACAGCUAGACAUCCACACCCGCCAGGCCCACCCCUCUGCCCGUCCCCAGAAACCUGCCCCUCCCCGGAGAACUGGCCGUCCCCACAGGGUACAGGAGAAAUUCCACACCUGCCCGCAGUGCUCCCGCAGAUUCAAGUACCUGGGCAGCCUGCUGAAGCACUGCAAGAGUUUGCAUAAAAUGGCUGUUGUUCUCACCAAUGGACACAUCAGUUGCGCAGACUGUGAGAAGAGCUUUGAGAAUUGCUGGGGCCUGGGGCCUCACCGGUGUCACGAACCAGAGGGCAAUAAACCUAAGGACGCUAAACAGAUGGUCAUUAAGGAAGUCGGCUUCCAAUGCUUAGAUUGUGGCAAGAUCCUCACUACUCCUACGAGCCUGAACACUCACAUGCGCAUCCACACUGGAGAAAAGCCUUAUGUCUGCAAGGAGUGUGGCAAGCGCUUCUCAGAUACCAGCGCUUACCGUUAUCACUUGUUAAUACACAAUGGGGUCAAGCCAUUCAAAUGUCAGGACUGUGGGAAGGCUUUCAAGCAGAAGUCUCUCCUCAGGAAGCACAUGACUGUUCACUCUGGUGAGAGGAAGUACUCCUGCUCCCAAUGCGACAGGAAGUUUGCAUACAGGGAGAGUCUGAAGCUUCACCUGCGCACACACUCCGGGGAGAGACCUUUCAAAUGUACUGUCUGUGCUAAAGACUUUGCUGACAAAGGUUAUCUGAAGACUCAUCUGAAGAUCCACAGCAACCAGAAAAACUACCAUUGUGGGGUUUGUGGGCAGAAAUUCAUAAGGAUUGGUGUGCUGAACAUACACCUGCGCUCACACACAGGUGAGAGGCCUUACCACUGCACAGUGUGUGACAAGCAGUUUGCCCGACUCGACCACCUGAAGAACCACCAGCGCACUCACACAGGUGAGAAACCAUACACCUGUACCGAGUGCAGUAAAAGCUUCACUCAGUCUGGAGAUCUAACCAAACACAAGCGCCUCCACACUGGGGAGAGGCCAUUUGAAUGUUCUGAAUGCCACAAACGCUUUAUCUGCUCUGCUUCUCUGACCCUGCACAUGAGGACCCACACUCACCGUGACGUAAAGCCAUACUCCUGCCAAGAGUGUGGGAAAAGCUUUUAUGAACAGAGUCAUGUGAACGGCCACAUGAAAAUCCACAAGGGGAAACGUUAUUCCUGCCCCCACUGCUUUCUCAGCUUUGCUCGCAAGUCCAACCUCUCCAAACACCUGCUUAGACGUCAUAAUCCUAAAUGAUAAUGAUGUAUAUUAACAUAACACCUUUUAUGAAACUCUGUUAUUCUUAUGAAUUAAAUGGAGGGGAGUCCGAUCUCUUUUGUCAGUGAUCGAUGUGUGACAUCAAAUUAGAAUGAAAUUUUGCCCCAUGUUUAUGAUAACGCUGCAAUGUUUUAACAAUCCUCCAGUUGGGUCACAGUGAGCUCCAUGUAUUGGGACAGUGAUGUUUUGUUUCUCCUGCAGUACUUUGGAUUUGAAAUUAUACAACGACUGAGGUUAAAGUGCAGACUCCGCUUUAAUUUGAGGGUAUUUUCAUCCAUAUCGGGUGAACCGCUUAGAAAGAACAGGAUUUUUUUGUACAUAUUUCC